UUCUCCUCUUCAUCUUGUCGACUGAAACACACGUAUAUUAUAUUGCAUCAUCCAACUCUCUCUCUCUCUGUUGUGCUGGAAAAAUUGGUGUUCAGCUCUCCGACUCCCACAUCUCCUACCCAACUCAAUCUCUUGAAUUUUAGCCUGCAUUAUCAUUUAUUCGUUAGCUCCAGCCAUUGCUCUGUUUUUGUAGAAGUUAGUAAGCCAAGCAUCAAAAAAUGUCGGCUAGAAAUCGAGGGCCUCCAAUUCCUUCUAAAGGGGUUCCACACGGCGGGCUGCCCCAUCAUGCCCCAAUCCUUGAACCACAUUUUCCCAGAGGCAUUCGGGGGCCUCCGCAUCCUGCAUUACACGAAGAAGUCAGAGAAGCCCAUUAUAGCUUGUCCGGACCUCGACAGCUCCCUCCUCACCCCGCGAUCAUAGAGGAUCGGUUGGCGGUUCAACAUGACGACAUCCAGGUGCUGCUAAUUGAUAACCAGAGAUUGGCUGCAACGCAUGUGGCGCUUAAGCAGGAGUUAGAGGUCACACAAUAUGAACUUCAGCGGGCGGACAAGUAUGCACAAACGCUGCACGCUGAGAAGGACUUGCAAAUGAGGGAGCUGUAUGAGAAGUCGGCUAAACUGGAGAAUGACCUUAAUGCUGUUAAUGCGAUGAGGUCUGAGCUUGUACAGGUGCACAUGGAUGUUAAGGAGUUAACCGUUGGUAGGCAAGAACUUGCUGCGCAGGUGCAGGUUAUGACCCAAGAUUUAGGUAGAGUUACCUCGGAUUUGCAUCAGGUUCCGGCAGUUAAGGCGGAAAUCGAAGGUCUAAGACAUGAGAUGGAGAGAGUGAGGUCUGCUAUUGAGCAUGAGAAGAAGAGCUUUGCUGAAAGCUUUGAACAUGGGAAGGUGAUGGAGAGUAAAUUAGUCACUAUGGCCCGUGAGUUGGAAAAACUUCGAGCUGAAUUGGCUAAUGCAGAAAAAAGAGCUCCUGUUGCAGCACCAGUUGGAAUUUCAGGUGUUGGUUAUAAUGCAAAUUAUGUGAAUCCUGAAUCCGGGUAUCCUGGAAAUCCAUAUCCUGCUGGAUAUGGCAUGAUGCCUGCAAACUCAAUGCACCCAGCACCUGCUGGUGGAGAAGGCUAUCCUCCUUAUGGCCCUGGAGCUGGUGCUUGGGGGCCUUACGAUACACAGCGAGCUCAAGGAUCCAAAUAAACUGGUUCAUCCCCAUGGAUUCAGGACAUGGCAUGAGAACUUUGCUAGUAACGAGUCUGAUAUGCUGCAUCGAUGGAAAUUUUGUGUGAUGAAAGCAAUGGAAUUAAGAUACCAUUGGCAAAUGCGAUUUCUUAGAGGCACUCAUCUACCUUAGCCAUUGGCAUGUUGCCCAUUAGAAAGAUUGAGAAAACGAGUAGCUAUCACCAUUGUUUUGCAUCAUUCUGGGAGGAACUGAUGUGUGGCUGAUUAGUUCCAUGCAUUUUUGCAUCAUUUUGUUUUCACGAAAUUUCUGGUAGAUGAUACAAAUAUAAUAUGAGUCUUGCAUCAAGCUAUAAAAGGAAACCGGAAACUUAGUGAUUUAAUGUAUCUAUGGGGGCAAUUAACUUAAUGAGAUGGGGAUUUUUUUGUA